CCCUUCUACUACCCCAGUGGGCCUUGGCCUUUCCUCUCUCUGCUGCUUCCAUUCCUUUGUGAUACUACUUGGUUAGUUUGAUCAUGCCUAGCCUUGGAGGUCUCCACUGUACCCUGACAUGACACCUCUCUUUGCCCCUGUGCUCUUCACCUUCUGUCCUGCUUCAGGGUCCCCAUAUUGGCCCUCUUUGCCAUGUCCUUGGGAACCAGCCUGUUUCUUCCUUCUUUCCUAGGGUACUAGGGAAUUCCUUACCAUGGCCUGACUGGUUGCCCAGGAAACUGUUCUCUUGGCUUCCCACAGUGACCCAGUAUCUUUUUGAGUAGUGUACCUGUCACAGCCACCUCCCUCCCUUCGAGCACUGGAACAGGCAUGCCUUGGUGAGGCCCAUUAUCACAUCUGUGGCUGCCUACCUCACCCUGCUCCUGUAACUGCACCUUUGUUCCCCCAAGAUCCCUGGGUAGUUUUGGACAGCUGGGUGCCAGGCCCUUCCUGCUCAAACACUGCUGGGAGAGGUUGAUGGGCAAGCAGGUCCUUGUUCUCUCCUGUCCUUCUGAACCAACACUAUGGACAGGCCCAGGAGUACCUGCAGUGGGCAGGUACAACAUUCACCACAACCUUAGAAGGCCAGGCCUGCAGUAUUGGAUACCUAGCUCUGGAAUGAAAUUUUCAGGAGAGGUCAGGAAUGGCCUUUUAGCUACUCUCACAUCUUGAUGGUCCCCCUCACCUGAAGUCAGGUGAGGCAGGAAAGGCCUUAGAGCAGCAUUUCCCAAUCUGUGGGUCAUGGCCUCCUUGGGGGUCGAACAACCCUCUCAUAAGGGUUGCAUGUCAGAUAUCCUGCAUAUCAGAUAUUUACAUUACUAUUUAUAACAGUAGCAAAAUUACAGUUAUGAAGUAGCAAUGAAAAUAAUUUUAUGGUUGGGGGUCAUCACAACAUAAACAACUGUAUUAAAGGGUCACAGCAUCAGGAAGGUUGAGAACCACUGCCUUAGAGUCUUUGAGGUCUCCAGGUCACCUUUCCACUCCUGAAAUUGAAAGAAUUGGCUCAGCCACACCCAUAGGGCUAUUUGGGUCAGGCCUCACUGCCUUAUGGCCUUCUUUUGCCUGCCUAUCCCCCCUGCCUUCUCCACAACUCUACUAAAUAAAUGCUUGUAACACAUUAGGUCUCAAAUCCCCCCCUGAGUGUCAAACCUUUGGGUGUCAUACCCUACAGCAGAGAUCACCAUCCUGGUUGCUGCUGGAAGAUGGGGCCACAAGGUGAGUGAGCUGCAACCAGACAGUAUCAACACUGGAGAUGUUCCUGAGGCCACCCCCUGUUUACUGAUGCAAGACCAAGGCCCUGUCCUCAGUAUGACUUCCCAUUCACAGGCUAAACAUGAUACAAGUAGAUGCCCCUGUCACUCCUGAGAUCAUGACAACCUCAUGAAGGGCACCCAUACCCCCACUGAUAGAGGAAACCAAGGCCUGGAGAAGAGGACCUGUUGUGUGUGUGUAAUGUGUCCCAGAAUAGGGCUAAGUAUCACACCUGGUUUGUCCAGAUCUGGCAACCACAACCUAGUCCCUAUGAGACUUAGAGGUAGGGUUUGGCAGAAGACAGCCUUCCACCAUAUUCUGACUUCCUCCUGCCUGUGAGGACACAUUCCUCUGGCCCGUGACAGUGCUCAUCACUCAUUGGAACCUGCUUGCAGCCAGAGCCUGCUUCCCAGUCUAUAAACAUGGGGCGUGUGUCCUGGUGGCUGCAAGCUCAUGAGGAGGCGGCAAGCAAGCUGGCUGCACAGGUCCUGCGGCCUCAGGCCUCCUGGUUGCCCAAUUGGUGGCUGGGGGCGGGCUAUGGCCUCUGAUUAAAGGCUGCCUGAAGCAGCCUGUGAAGAGACAGGUGCCCAGAAGCCCUGGAAGCCAAUUGAAGCCCAUCCCAGGUAAGUGUGGUGGGGAUGGGUGGACAGUGCCAUGAGCCUGGAGGCAGGUAGAAGCCAACCUGAGGCAGCACUUGUUUGGUAAAGGAAAGGUUGGGGAGACCAGGGUCCUCAUGCCAGAUUCCUUUGGUGCCUGCUACCCAAAGGUGGAAAGCAGGGCAUAAUGCCCGAGGCUCCCAGUCAAAGUGUCUCCACCAAGGGGCUGGGCCAAGGCACCAUUUGUGGACUAUACCUGCCUCCCUCCUUGAUGGGGACAGUGGCUAGAUCUGGGCCUGGCAGCAAAAGGGAAAGGGGCCUGGGCUAAAGUCUAGGCACAGCAGGCCUUUCUUUUGUGCCUGGUUGGGUGGCAGAACUAAGGUUUGCUGCAGAGAGACCUUGGGAAAAGAGGAGGGAUGGACAGCAGUAACAGAUCCUGGUCACUUGAUCUUAGCCCCAUGAAGUCCCCUUAAAAGUGUCUCUGGAUAUGAGCCUUAGAGAUUAUGCCUAGCACCAAAGGCCUCAUGAGGUGGGGUGGAGCAGCAGGAAGUGAGGCCCUGAGUGAUAGAGCUUUGACUUGAGGGGCUGUGGGCAAAGGGACUUUGCUCCUGUUUCUUUAGCCUUUUGGCUUAUGCCACUUGUUCUGGCAGCUUUAGGCCUCACUGUUCCUGUGAGAAUAUCAGCAUGUCUGAGCUGCCCCGGGCUGAGACCUUUGUAUUCCUGGACCUGGAAGCCACUGGGCUCCCAAACAUGGAUCCUGAGAUUGCAGAGAUAUCCCUUUUUGCUGUCCACCGCUCUUCCCUGGAGAACCCAGAGCGGAACGACUCUGGUGCUCUGGUGCUGCCCCGUGUGCUGGACAAGCUCACACUGUGCAUGUGCCCGGAGCGCCCCUUUACUGCCAAGGCUAGUGAGAUUACUGGUUUGAGCAGUGAAGGCCUGAUGCACUGCCGGAAGGCUGGUUUCAAUGGUGCUGUGGUGCGGACACUGCAGGGCUUCCUGAGCCGCCAGGAGGGCCCCAUCUGCCUUGUGGCCCACAAUGGCUUCGAUUAUGACUUCCCACUGCUUUGCACAGAGCUACAACGCCUGGGAGCCCAUCUGCCCCAAGACACUGUCUGCCUGGACACGCUGCCUGCGUUGCGAGGCCUGGACCAUGCUCACAGUCAUGGCACCAGGGCUCAAGGCCGCAAGAGCUACAGCCUGGCCAGUCUGUUCCACCGCUACUUCCAGGCAGAGCCCAGUGCUGCCCAUUCAGCAGAGGGUGAUGUACACACGCUGCUUCUGAUCUUCCUACAUCGUGCUGCUGAGCUGCUUGCCUGGGCAGAUGAGCAGGCCUGUAGCUGGGCUCACAUUGAGCCCAUGUAUGUGCCACCUGAUGGUCCAAAACUUGAGGCCUGAAUGCCAGCGUUAUCCGUUCAUCCAGGCUCUGAGACAUGUUCUUGCUCUCUGCAGCACCUGCCUGGCCUUCCUCAGCCCUGGCCUACCUGGCCAUAGGAUCCUAGAGCCUUCUCUGUGCCCUACUUCCAGUUGAACACCCUCUGGCCAGCCUGGGCUCCUGCAGUCUGCUCCUUCAGGGCUUCUACCUUUCACCCCAUUUAUCAAUAAAUAUCACCACCUAUUUACCUGCUGA